AUCAACUGAGCAGAUAGCACGAAAAAGGAACAUCUUUUUAAAUGGACCGCUAUACAAAACAGCGCUGCCAGUCGCCACGUUAGUAUGUGAAAAAUAAAUAUUCAGAUGUCUAGUUUCCGUACGUUCUCUUGCGGUUAAAAACCGGUACUGUGAGCAAUAAAGCAUUAACGUUAAAAAAAUUGACUAAAAUAAAUCGAAAUCCUAAAAACGAAGCACUAAAAAAACGUAACAAAAUAAAAGUGAACUUUCGUUACGAAACAUUAUACAAUAAAGUUAAUAUAGUAAUCGAGACAAUGACAUCGAUUGGGAAAGGUAGAGGUUGGGCGAGGGCCACCGAUCAUGAAACCGUUCUUCGUCGACCGGGUCAAUCAAUCUCUCCUAAAACAUCGGAAAUUGAAGAACUUGUGAAUAAAAUUAACGACCUUAGUUUUGACGUGCCGUCAUUCGAAGAUUUUGACCGAUUAAUUAGCUUCCUGGAAAAUCAAUCGGACGAUGAGCGGAAUGCGAACCUGAACAAACUAUGGAAGAACAUAUUGGAAGAUCGGCAUUUUGGGGUUAAAUACAGUGAAUUGUGUCUUAAUAACAAAAUAGAUAAAACUUCUACUAUGGGUCAUUUACUACCACAACUACGGCGCUCGCUUUUCACCAACACUCAGAUGAGUUACAACAGAAGAGAGGAGCUAUACAAAGAAAAACCAGAAAACGUGACAAAUCUGACUUGGGUGUUAGGACUCGUCAUGUUCCAUAUGACUACCAAAAUGAGGCUCGUCUUAAGUCAAGCUCUUUUAAAUUGCAUGAGUCUUCUACUCGAUACUCCGAGCGAGGAUGACAUUGAAACUGUCGCAAUUCAGCUUUAUCUCAAUGGCAAAUAUAUUCAAGAGAUUAGUAAUGAAACUCCUUGCGAAAAAGAGCCUACUGAUGUAGAACUUGUGGAUGUAGUGAAUAAAGCGCGAAAAGUGCUGAUUGACCGUAAUGUGAGUGCACGAUCACGAGCUCUGUUACUACUUAUUAUCGAGUUGGCACAUCAACGAUACGAGCCAUUUACCAGAGAACUUCAAGCAUUUUAUGCAGCGGUGCUUGAGCCUACUUACUUACCAGAAGAUGGUUCAAGUUGUAUCUACAGUCGAGAAUUUAAUCAGCAAUUGUAUUUCUAUCAACUUCUAUCUAAAGGAAUGAUCAAAACUGAGUCAGUUGUGAUCCAACAAACACCUAGCAAUAAAAUACAACCGCAGCAGCAGCAACAGCAACAACACCACCACCACCAACAACAACAUCAACAGCAUCAACAACAACAACAACAACAACAACAAGUUCCGCAGAAAAUGAAUCGAAACGAGGGAAAUCCGGGUCCGGUACCUCGUGCUAUUCGAGGCACAGGUGCCAGCGAAAGCUCGAAGGAUCAUAGGAACGAUAAAAAAACGUCGCGUAAUCAUAAAGACAAACUUACCGAUAAACAAGUACGAAUGACAAAGCCAAACACCAACAGCAAAGUUUGGGGACACGACGAUCGAUUUGAUAACGAUUACGAGUGAAGAGAACCAGCCCAUUUUUGUAUAAAGAGCUAACAAGGAUGAAGGAGGAGAGAAUCGUUUGACAGAGUUAGUCAAAUUGUGAAAACAACUCGAGAGUCAAGUUUGUAAUCGAGCGUAAAUAUACGCAAACAAAUUAGAGAGUUUGAACACUAGGAAUUGAAAGACAAAGAAGCGUGAAACUAGUACGAAGGUCUUCCAAAUUUAGCGGAUUAAUCACUUGGUCAUUCUUCGAUUGAGGUCACUCUCUUUCUCUCAUAUUUCUCUCUUCCUUAAUUUCUGUAAUUUCUCUUUGAGAUAGUUAACGCCAAACAUUUUUUAUUUUUGUAAAAAAAUAAAAUAAUCGUAAAUUUUGCUUCAAAUGGUGGUGCAGUUGUUAGCACAAAUUUGAGGCGAGGACAUGGGAUUUAAUUUUCUUUAGGAAUUUAGGACGAUUGUUGUUUGAAAGUAGCGUUGCUUUUCUCAGCGAAUGUCCCAGCGAUUUAUAAGUUCCAAUCAGAAAUGAUGAAACACCGUGGCACACCAAACAUUAUAUCGACAAUGAUUUCCAGUCGGCAAAACAUUACUCUCAUAUUCAAAAUAACACACAAAUCAAAUAAUGAUCAACCAGACAUGGAAAAAAAUUCACUCUCGUUGAAAAGUUGAUAAACAAUGUCUCAGUUGUAAUAUAAUCGACAAAUAACAAACAAUUUUAGUUUAGUAGUUAAUAUCGACAAGAUCAAUGGUUCCCAAAUUGUUUUGAAACUGUGUAAAUGCUUUCCACAUUUUGCCAAUCAGUCACAAUCACGCAAGAUUGAAAUAUUGUAAAUGUCAGCACAGUAUAUACGGAUCACAAUGAAAAAAAACCUGUACUAAAAUACUCUAUAUGAUUUCUUUAUGACAAUUUCAAUGAUAAUAAAAAAAAACGAUAUCCACUAA